UGCGCUGCCUGGAGGGGCGGGAAAGGGGCGAGCGGAGCCCCGCGGACGCUCCGGUCCUGGUAGUCCCGGCAGCGAGACGGGAUCGGAGAAAGUCAAGGACAUGGUGCACUGCCUGGCGAAAUCUCCAUAAAUCCAUGCUGAAAUCCCAGGCACAUGCAGGCAAUGAAAAAAGUCUCCAGGCCUGUGGGGAACAGAGGAAGUGUUACACAGAACUGGUGAAUGGCAAGACAGUGGAAAUGAUACACGUCCAUGUGUCCCCUCAUCAGAAACAAGUGAGCAUAAAGUGAGAAAAGAGAUACUUGCAAAUCCAAUCAGGAUCAAAACAACAUUAAUGAAUCCAAGUGAGGAAACGAUCCUGCAUUUCUUACGGUGCUGGAAAACUUUAAUAACCCUUAAUUCCAGAAGGUUGCAAAGGAAGGAGGAAGGGAAGGGAUCUAGGGUGUGGCAAUUUACCAAAAGACAGAUAGAACAACCACAGAAACUGUAGAAAAUUCAGAGACCAAAUGAACUGUUUGGAAGAUUAUACAUAGGUACGAUUUCAAAUGUGUAUAGUGUAAAACAAGAAUCAGAGACAGCACAAGCCUUAGUAAGUAUCAGGGAUCCCACACUUAAAGGAACCCAUAUAGAAUUAUGGAAAGCAGACAGAGCUGCAGUGCUGGUGGAAAUCUUAUUAAACAUCCAAGAAUCCACACUGAAGAGAAGCCAUAUGGAUGCCCAGAAUUUGGAAAAACCUUCUGUCAAAGUGGAAAACUUUCUCCACAUCAACUGACGCACAUUGGGAAGAAGCCAUACAAAUGCAUGCAGUGUGGCAAUAGUUUCAGCCAGAGUAAAUUGCUUAUGAAUCAUCAAAGAACCCAUAUUGGCAAGAGGCUAUACAGAUGCAUGGAAUGUGGAAAGAAUUUUACUGACCGUGGAGGUAUUAUGAAACAUCAAAGAAUACACACUGGGGAGAGGCCCUACAGAUGUAUGGACUGCGGAAAACGCUUCAGACAUAGUCAAACUCUUAGAAAACAUCAAAAUACCCACACUGGGGAGAGGCCCUUUACAUGCUUGGAAUGUGGAAAGAGCUUCAGCCAGAGUGGUCAUCUUACGAGACAUCAAAGAACCCACACUGGAGAAAAGCCUUUUACAUGCAUGGAAUGUGGAAAGAGCUUCAUCCAGAGUGGUCAACUUCAAUGCCAUCAAAUAACCCACACUGGGGAGAGGCCCUAUACAUGCAUGGAAUGUGGUAAGAGCUUCAGCCGGAGUGGUCUUCUUACGGACCAUCACAGAACCCACACUGGGGAAAAGCCUUUUAAAUGCAUAGAGUGUGGAAAGAGCUUCAAUCAAAAUAGAACUCUUACAAGGCAUCAAAGGACCCAUACUGGGGACAGGCCCUAUACCUGCUUGGAAUGUGGAAAGAACUUCAGCCAAAGCUCUGAUCUUACAAACCAUCAAAGAACCCACACAGGGGAGGAGCCAUUCAAAUGUAGCAAAUGUGGAAAGAGCUUCAGCCAGAGCCAAACGCUUUGGAGACAUCAAAGAACUCACACUGGGGAGAGGCCUUAUACAUGCAUGGAAUGUGGAAAGAGCUUCAGCAGGAGUGGUCAUCUUACUAGCCAUCAAAGAACCCACACUGGUGAAAAGCCUUUCAAAUGCAUGCAGUGUGGAAAGAGCUUCAAUCAAAAUAGAAAUCUUGCAAGGCAUCGAAGGACCCAUACUGGGGAGAGGCCCUAUACCUGCUGGGAAUGUGGAAAGAGCUUCACUGGAAAGGGAAAUCUUACCACACAUCAAAGAAUCCACACUGGGGAGAGGCCCUAUACCUGCAUGGAAUGUGGAAAGAGUUUCAGCCAGAGUGGUCAACUCACAGAGCAUCAAAGAACGCACACAGGGGAGAAGCUAUUUAAAUGCAUCGAAUGCGGAAAGAGCUUCAGCUGUAGUCGUUCCCUUAUGAAACAUCAAAGAGCUCAUACUGGGUAGAGGCUAUAUAAAUGUGUACAGGGUGGAAUCAGCGUCUACCGGAGUGAUCAUUUUGUGAACCAUCAAAGGACACAUACUGACAGAAAGCCUUUUAAAUGCAUGCAAUCUGGAAGAAGUUGCCAUUUAAGUGGAUGUCUGUAAAACCAGCAAAGAAUCCACACAGGAUAGAGACCGUAUAAGCGCAUGGAAUGUGGAAAGAGCUUCAGAGCAGAAUCUUCAUUAUUAAUGAAGGCAUGGGAAUUCAGGAGCAGUGUAUGGCCCCAAAAUGGGAAGUCUUGGAGGUGCUAGCCUUGAUGAUGCCACUGGUUAGGCAGGGGAGAAGGCAUAGUUUGUUGCUGCUGUGGAUGUGAAGAGAGUUGGUGAGACAGCUUAGAAGGAAGAUGGACCUUCACAGAAAAUGGACACUGGGGCAAGUGGUCAAAAGUGUAUACCAGGAGGAGGUGGCAUGAUGCAGAAGGAUUCUUUGCAAAGCUAAGGCAUAUUAUGAGCUGAGACUUGCAGGAAAUGUCAAGAGCAACACAAAGGACUUCUUCCGUCAUGUAAAUAGGAAGAGGAAGGGGAGAGGACUUCUGGUUGAUGUCGUGCUGAGAUGGCUGUGAAUAUCGGAGGCUCCCGUUAUCACGCCGGUAUCUGUUCGACAGAGAGCCGUGGGAGUCUCACUAAGCCCUGUCGAGGCAAAGAUUAGAUUGUCCGAGCAUUCUUCUGGUUGGUGUGGGGCAGCAGCUCCACAUUUACUGGGAGAAAUUCGGGCUUUUCUCAGUUGAACAACAUCGGGGAAAAAUCAGCUCCCUGCAAGCCAUAGACGACUGGGAAUAAUUGCAUAGAAUAAUAGCUGGAAGUUCAUCGGAGCUGCUGGCUGCUCAGAGUCCUACUCAUCAGUCUAAAGCGGCAGAUGUUGAAAAAUAUCAAAAAGAGCUACAAAUGAUGCUUCUGGCUAUACAGACAUCCUUAACAUCUUUGCAAGCAUCCCAAGAGGCAAUGUCAACAUGACAGGAAAGCAUUUCAAUUGAACAAAGAGAAUGGCUUGACAAAUUGGAUAACUCUAUUAAGGAGGUAUCAACUCAAUUGGUGGUCGUGCGACUUAAAACUGAACAGAAUACACAAAAAAUACAACAAGCCUAUGAAAAACUUGAAAUGGUAGAUAAGAAAACACAAUUAAUAAAGCAAACAAACAAAUCACUAUGGGAUUCACUUGCUAUACUAGAGAUGGAAAAGGCAUCUAACUAUUUGAGAUUUCAGAAUAUACCCGAAGGAAAGAAUGAAGACUUGCGAAAUUUAAUGACUAACAAACUGGCAGAGUUGUUAGGAAUAGAAAAUGAAGAGAUGUGGGCAGGGAUUGAUUUUAUUUACACAGUCAACUCAACUUAUGCCAGUUAAAAUAAGCUUCCGAGGGAAGUCCACAUUAAAUUUGCUCUAAGGUCUAUAAGAGACAAUGUUUUGAGGGCCAUACGUGAGAAACCUUUAAAGGUGGAUGAUCUCCAUGAGGUGACAGUUCUGAAGCAAAUUCCAUGGAGGAUUAGAGAAGGACAAAAGAAAUACCUAUUCCUUACUACAUAGUUGAUCAAGAAAGAGAUUAUGUUUAGGUGGCUAACGCCAGAAGGAAUAUUUUUCACCUGGUACUCUACAUGGAAUAAAUUGGACUUGAUUUUUAAAGCACAAGAGUUUUAUGAAAAGUUUAGAAGUAUGCUUGAAGAGGAAGAACCUGGUGUCUCAAAAGAAGGAGGGAAAGGUGCCGAACCAAUGGAAUUAAUAACGUGUCACUCUGAGGAAAGAGAAAUAAUGAAUACUGACUCACAACAAGAAGUACAGACACUGGAGAAAACAAAGGAAAAGAGAAGGGGUAGAGGUGUAAAGAAGAAAUAAGAGAAUUUUGUAUUUUGAAGGGAAUGAUUUGCAAAUGGGCUGGCAUGCUUAUAUGUGGUAUGAGAAGGUUAAGUCACAUGGUUCUUUAAUGAUUUUCUAAUAUAGUAACUUAAUAAUGUCAGUGUGGAAAAAGUUAAAGAUAAAACUGUAUAAUUACCCAGAUGGCUUUCACCCAGAGAAGCCUUUGUGUACCCAAAUGCAUUGAAUUUUGAAGGGAUUAUAAGAUAUGAUGGCAUUUUGGAUAAGGAUGGAGGAUUGAAAUUGAAUUAAGAAACACAAGAACAGGGAGCUGAUAUCUCCUGGUGGCAUAAGGUGCAGAUACAAUCAAGAUAUGCUAAAGAUUGUAAAGUGUGGGGUUUUUAUAAGAACUUAACUGCGUUUGAGCAAGUGAUGCUUACAUCAGAUGAGAAAAUGAUUAAAAGAUUAUAUGACUUAUUUUACAGAUGGUAUCUGUCAGCAACUAGAUGAGCUAAGACAUUUCCAAAUAUGUCAAAUGGAUAUUGGCUAUGUAAACAUAAAUUGUUUAUGUACUUUUUAUCACAUGUGGUGAAUUUGCGAUAAUGUGAAAAGUAUUGGAUUUAAAAUACAUAAAUGGCUCGAGGAAAUGUUACAAAAAUCCUUAGUUUUAAACCUGAAGUUCUUUUUAUUAGGCAUUCUACCGGAGGACAUUAGUAAGUAAGAAAUGCAUUUGAUUUCACGUGUAAUUACUGCAGUGAUGAUUGCAUUCACUCAACACUGGAAAGGUGAAGAACUACCCACCGAUGAACUGACUCUAAAAAAAGAAGAUGAUGAUCCUGGACUAUGCAGAAACGGAUAGGUUGAUUUAAUCAUUGAAGGUGAAGGAAGAUACUGACUUAUAUCAAACUUGGGAAUCUUUUUAUUAUUGGCUAGAGAAACAGGACUUCGCAUAGAUUUAAAUAUGUUUUUAAGUUUCAUAAAUGGAAUAAGAAGGGUGUGGAGGCUGACCCAGCGGGCUCGAUGUGUUUGAUGAUGGAUGUUGUUUCUAGUUUUCUUUUUGAUUUUUUAGGAUUAUAAUUUCUCAAAUAAAACUUAUUUUUUUAAAAAAAGGAAGAGGUAGGGGAGACAAGUGGUGGGAUCACUUAAGAGUGAGAGGGUCUGGUAACUGAUAUAAGAGAACAGGCACAGAUGAUAACUUAUUAUUUAGCUUCUGUGUUCUUCCCAAAGUGGGUUAGGGGAGAUCAAACUGAGGAGCUCCUCAGGGCCCUGGAUUUCACAAAGGCACUGGGCCCUAGUGGGCUAUACUCAAGAGUGUUCAGGAAUUGGCAGGGGUGCUCUUGUAACCGUUGCCAUACAUUUUGGGAGCCUUGUGCAAAACAUGAGAAGUUCCUGGAGGAUUGGAGGGUGGCAUCAGUGGCUCCAGUGUUCAAAAUGGUAGCAGAGGGGAUAUGGGGAAUUACAGGCCUGGUUAGCAUUAUGUCCAUUCUCAGAAAGACAAUGGUAAUGUGCAUAAUGUGGAAAACUGUACAAAGCCUAGAUAGGGAUGGGAGCUUGGCAGCCAUGCCUCAAGGAUUCCAUGAAAACAGAUCCUGUCAGAGAACCUUACGGAAUUCCAGGGUAAGGUCUUGAGGUGGCUAGGCAGAGUGGGUGCAGUGGAUAUAGCUUACCUGUGCACUUGAAUGAGGAAAGAACUUGAGUGCUAAUGGAAACCUUAGUGUGCAUUUAAGAAUGCAACCUGAGGAGAGGCCACAUAAAAACAUGGAAAGUGGAAAGAACUUCAGCGAAAGUCAAAUUGCAAGCCAUCCAAGAACCCACAUUGGGAAAAACCAUUUGGAAGUCUUACUCCACAUCAGAGAAUGCACACGGAACAGAAGCCACACAAAUGCAUGGAUUACAUAGUUUGAAAAUGUACAGUAUAAGCUCUAUUAAAAAUAGCAAUCAAAUUUAACAAUCCCUCAAACCAAAACCACAUUACUUUGAAACUUUACUGACCCAUAAUUUCAUAGAAUCAUAGAACAGCAGAGUUGGAAGGGGCUAUGAAGGCCAUCAGGUCCAACCUCCUGCUACUGCAGAUCACCAAUUUACACCAUCCCACUCAGACGGCUUUCCAGCUUCUACUCUAGGUUGCUACUGUGGGUGAGUCACAACCUCUCUAGGCAACAGGUUCCACUGUCGAAUUUCCCUGAGAGUGUAGAAGCUUUUUCUCAUGUCUAGCCACAAUCUGGGUUAUCUCAACUUGAGCUGAUUAUUCUGUGUCCUACAGUCUGUAAUCAGCAGCAAGAGAGCUUGACCUUCCUCUUUGUGACAGCCUUUGAGGCACUGAGAGUGGGAUUUCAUGUCCCCGCCCCCCACGGUCUUCUCAAGGCUGCACAUUCCCAGUUCUCCCAGUGUUUCCAAAUCCCAGAUCAGUUUUGUUUCCCUCCAGGGGCAACAGCGUAAAAGGCACAACAGCAAUUACAGACCAAACAAAAUUAAUAGCAAAGAAUGUGGAAAUGCCUUCAGGGCGGAAUCCCCAUCUUAUUGUACAUGGAAGAACUCCCCCUGCGGGGAAAGCAUCCCACUAAAGUGGAAGUCUUGCUAAACAGGAUGCUGCUAAAACUGGAGUGAAGGCAUAGCAAUGCACAAAAUGGGGAAAGCGCUUCAGGGAUACAGGAGGGUGUUGUUAAUGUUGACCAAUCCACCCCAGAGAGAGAGUGUUGAAAGGCACAGAAUUGGGGAAGUGUCGCAGGGAUGGGGGAAAACACAAUAGCAAUCUAUUCAGAGGCGGUUUCAAUGCUGAGCGUGCACAUUUGGAUGAGAUUCCCAGGCACACACAAGGGAUGUCCUGUCUUGGUGGGACUGAUAGCUCCGACCCUGAGGAUGAGGUGGGGAUGGCUGAACCAGAACAGGUUUGGAGCUCACACUCCGAUAACAGAAUUGCUCUUGUAAUAGGCAGGCCGGCACUGGCAGACUCGCUCUGGCAGUACCAGUCCGAGUCUUCUCUGGAUGAGAGCAGCUGAAGGACACCAAUGGGACUCAGUCUCCCUCAUAGCUGUGGGAAUGAGGCAGAUGAAAGCUAGGAGUGAGAAGAUUUCUCAGAUGGAGAACAGAAGCCUCAAGAUGUGGACCUUCGGGUCCGUCGUCACAGCCACAGGAUGGACCAGUGAGGGGCUCAGAGAGCAGAAUGCAGGUGCUCCUGUUUCCACAGAGACUCUCCUUCCAGAGACCGGCCCGGAAGGGUUCAUAAGCAAAACUCUGGGUGAAGGGCAGCAGAGAGGCAUCAACACAUCCCCUUCUGUAUUCUCAGUGGCUGCUGGAAGCUUAAGAUUUUUCUGUGUAGAAUAAAGAUUUACAAAAA